UGUCGACUUCUUGAUUUUUCUCUCUAAACGAACAACAACAGAACAGCAUUCGAUAAAGUGAUAAAGAGGUUGGAAGCUGUGAUUUAGCUUUUAUAAUUCUUUUUUUCUAGAUGCUAGGGCUUACAGAGCAUGUCUGUCGAUGGGCAACAUAAAGUAGAUAUUCAAAAUGACGGGAGUUUAGCAGAAGAAGGUCUUUCUAGUCAGGACUCGGACGAGGAACUCCCUGUAGAAUGGGAAGUAAGGACUACUGAUACAGGGAGAGUUUACUAUGCAAACCAUUUGACCAAGACAACUCAAUGGCAGCACCCGAAGACUGGCAAAAUCCGCAAAGUCACUGGUGCUCUUCCAGCUGGUUGGCUAAAACAGUCAGAUGGGAAAGGAGAUGUAUUUUACAUCAACACUGUCAACCACCAAACAACUUUUACUGACCCUAGGUUAUCAAAAGAAUCAACAUCUCGCAUAAACAUAUCUCAAAAGUAUGACGCUUCUUCCACCACUUAUGAUGUCCUUAAGGAUGAGAAUUUAGAUGGGCGUGUCGUCAUGGUAACAGGAGCAGGCAGUGGCAUAGGUCUGGCGACAGCUAGUGCUCUAGCUGCACAUGGAGCACAUGUUGUAAUGGCAUGCAGGGAUAUGGAAAAGGCACAUAAGGCUGAGCUUCAUAUAAAGGAAACCAAUAAGGACUGUAAGCUUGAAGUCAUGUUUGUAGACUUGGCUUCAUUUGCAAGUAUACAUGAUUUUGUAGACAAGUUCAAGAAAAAGUCGAUGCCUCUGCAUGUUCUGGUCUGCAAUGCUGGUGUGCUAGGGGGACCCUGGAGGUGCACUGGGGAUAAUAUUGAAUAUACAUUUGCUGUAAACUACCUCGGUCACUUUCUACUCAUCAAGCUCCUCCAGGACGUGCUCUGUUCAUCAUCACCCGCAAGAAUUGUCAUGCUUUCUUCAGAAUCACACAGAUUUCAGGAUCUGAAUUACUCUGAUAAACUGCAUAUAUCAACAGUACCACUUUCAAGGGAUAAGUAUCAUUCUAUCCUCGCGUAUAACCAGUCCAAACUGUGCUCCAUCAUGCUAUCCAUGGAGCUCAAUCGAAGGCUAAGUAGCGAGGGAGUCACGUGCAACGCAGUGCAUCCUGGGAACCUGAUCUAUACCUCCUUAUAUGGAAAGUCGUGGUGUUAUUGGUUAAUAUUUCGAAUAGCAAGAUUGUUCGCUAAAACACCUGAGCAAGCCGCCUCGACUGUUGUUUAUUGUGCGGUAUCGCCAGAACUGAACGGCGUUGGAGGCCAAUAUUUCAUAAAUUGUCGACCGUGUGAGCCGUCUGUCGAGGCCGCUGACCCGGAUAAGGCUCGCGCCUUGUGGACGUUAAGCGAGAGACUGGUUACGAGCUUAAAGAGACCACAAGGCAGCAACAUAAUUGAUCUUUGAACUGCUUCUCGCACCAUAAGCUUGAUUUGUCUUUCAAUAAACUUAUCUGGAAUACCCGUACAUAAGUGAAGAUAAAGACGAGGAAAGUAGAGAGAAUGGCGACGUUUGCGAACAUAAAUGCGUACGAUACAAAGCCGACCAAGAAGUAUAAUGAAGUGAUUGCCAUGGACAGGACCCACGUCGCGAGCGAGGUCAAGAGGACGCGUUUUAAGGAGACUUCUGCGCGGUACCACACGGGCCUGGUGAUGGCCAGGUAGCGGUCGACGGUCAGGACGGCAAGGCUGAGGAGCGAUGCGGUGCAGCAAAGAAAGUAGGUCGUCUGGGAGAGCCACGCCAUCUGGAUACUGAGGCCUGGGGUAGGAAGAGUAUUUUGUUUAUACAACUACACUCGUAAAUUACAGGCUCUGAUGGUCAAGGGACCAUGUGUUAUUAGAGGACACAGACACGCUUGGUGUCAGCAUGCGCACGUGCUCCCCAAAACUAUUUUGAUUGCUGUGUAAAACAAAUGGCUAUGGAUUUUUUUGUGCGGAUGGCCUCUUAAAGCCGCAUUGUCACCAGUUUACUUCCGGAGGUCCGACGGAAACCUCAACCGUUAAAAGACAAAAGAAUCUAUUAGAAUCCGAGAUAUUUAUCAUCCGCUCAGAAUUAGCAGUCACAUCCGCAAAGAAACUUCCAAUAGACACACUGCUUUCAAUGUUUUGAAAUAUUUUUCGCGUUUUCCGUUACGUAAUCGACCGGAAGUAAAAUGGUGACAAUGCGGCUUUAAUAUAUAUGUACAGAAGACGUCACAGCUCGGCUGCGUCUCGUGCGCUUUUUCGUUCAUGGAACGUGGUGACGUCAUCUAUGAGGACAGGCGCAAAAGUUAGAUUAUUAAAUACUGAAAGGGUAUACGGGAAGCUAGGAGAAUGGGGGGGGGGGGGGGGUUAGAGGAUUGCAAAGGAAGAGGAGGUACAGUGGGGGUGGUUUGGAGUGGAGGUUAUGGUGUGUUUAUAUACUGGACAAGAGCUACGUGAAGGGACAAAAGAAUGUGAUUGAUGUAAGUUUGAGUGAUUGUAUUUCGGAAGGAACUAAGAUAGGAGUGGUGGUAGAAUAGUGUGUUUUUCUUCCACGCAAGAUACUCUUACAGAUAUACAAUUCCUUAACUGCACCCUAUAUCUUCUAUGCUCUAACAGUAUGGGGAUCUGCGGAUAAGUGUCAUUUGAAUUCUGUAUCAUUAGAAUUCUGCUUCUACAAAAACGUGUUAUUCGUUUCAUGUACUUCGCUGAACGUAGAGAACAUGCAAUCCCGCUUUUUCUUGAUGCUGAUAUUUGACCGAUUAAUUUUUGUUUUUUUAUGAAAAUAUAUGCUGCCAAAUACACGAUGUCCGAAAUAAAAAUGCUCCCAGUAACAUAAUCGAUCUAUUCACGGAUAUCAAAAGUGUACACACCUACAACACACGCUCAUCGGCUUCUGAUAACUUUUACAUGAAGCGUUCAAAACUACAAAAACAGUACUUAUAAUGGUUUCUCUAGAGUAGGUGCACCUAUUAACAUUUUUUUUUUUAUGUCAACGGUCUUUCUAUCCACAAAUAUGCAGACUUAGCAAGAGUUUUUGCAAAACGGGCAGAGCUGGCAGCAUUGCUAGGCCUAAGCCUUUUACAAUACUAACAGGCAUUUUUUCUUGUUUUCUUACCUUUCGAUUCGCGGUAAUGUAUAUAGAUAGACAACGGUUCCAUAAGCGCACCCACUAGGAAAUCCGCCACCGCGAGGUUUGCAAUAAGUAAAGUGAAGGGAGAGCGCAGGUCUUUGUACGGGUUGACCACCACUGCCAUGAUAACCAGAAUAUUCCCGACUAAGGUGAAGACCAUGAAGAUACAUGACAGCGAAAGAUUCGUCAAGGACACCUCCAGUGGGGACGGGAUCCCCACACAAUGCCCUGCUCCAAACGGCAUGUUGAUCACGUGAAAAUCACGUGGACGAGCAUCACUCUCGCUUCACCUAAACAAAACAAGUGGUUUUAUAGCUGAUCAAAUUACCCAUAACUCUCGAUGCUGUUUCUAAAUGGUCUGAAAAACCUUGGGGCGAGGGCGAUUGAGUGGAGGCCAUUAGAAAUAACUAGUAGAAAUAACUUGCUAAGUACUUCCAAAACUCAUUAAUUUUUAAUAGCCAUUAAUUAUGUUUAACCGCUGUGAAACAAAAUUGUCACGAUUUCUCGAGAGCUCGUGGUGUGUCUUUCAUAAAAAACUAUUUGUCAUUUUUUAAAACACUAAAGUUUAUAAUAUUUUCUCAUACAAACAGACCAUAACCUCUAUUUCUCGCAAGACCGUACUGUGUCUUUUUUAAAACACUACAGUUUCUUCUCUCAUCAUUUUCUUAUAUGACUUUACAAAAGGCUGCGGGAUCCACGUUGCCCACAUGAUUCUUGCCGUUUGUCAAGAUUUCACAUCGAUACUCGAAGGUAAUACAGAAUUGUUUAUGGCCAUUUUCUCCAGUUUUGAUAGCCGUCCAGCAGAUGUGGCCUUGUAUAGAGGCUUUCCAUGAGGUCUCUCGAGUGAAAGGAAACCACAAACUGAACAGCUUGCGGAUGAAAUCAGUAAUAAUAGGAAAAAACAGUGAUCUCUAUAGUAGAAAUAUUUGCGUGUCUCUGAAAGUGAUAUGUUUUUUCAACUCAAAGUUUUUUUCAGAAAAAUAAAAGCGAUGGCAGGUGGAUUACUUGAAAAUGCAUUUUUUCACUGCCUCUUUUCGCUCUGUCUGCCGUCAUCGUGCCUCCACCGUCGCAAAUCUUAAAUUCGCUAUAAGCUUGUUAGAAAAACGGUGCGAUUGAAAAAAAUUUAUAUUUUAAUUCUGCCCACAACAACUGAAUUGCAAGCUUCUCGAGCAUCUAUGAAGCGAAAAGGGUGAACACAAGACUAGACGUACACUCUGAGCUUACUUCACCUAUACAAGAAAAAGGAUAAGUGCUGACAUUUACAUUGAAACCACCCUUCUUUUCUUUUUGAAAUCUUGUAAUGUGCGAUUCCUGUUCAAUGUCUAUACACAUUUUGAAACCAUUCACCCCAAUCGGUUUCGAUUUUAAGGUUGUGAGACAGCUGCACCGGACUCAGCUUAAGUCAAAUCUCUUAUUAUUUUUUUCUUAGAGGCUUUUGAAGAAAGUUGUUCAGUUGGAGUUCGUAUAUACAUGAAACCUGAAACUAUUUCUCUUGGACAGAAAAACUGACACUCGGUGCGUACAUGAACUGCAGGCGCUUUCCCAAUAUAGCCUGACGAAAAUGCACAUAUUUUUCAUCCAUUUCUCGAUAACGAAGAGUCAUGCCUUAAAAAUGUAAGCGGUAAAACGGGCGUAAGCUAAACCAAAUCCGAAUAUUUCUGGAUCCCAAAGCCGAUAAGCUUUUAUCAAUAGACACUUACCAAAUCGUUAUUCUAUUGAACUCGCACGGAAUCAUGAAGUGGAGAGAUAGUAAAGUAAGAUUAUUGAAGACCGUGCACAAAUCCGGUUGAAAAAACACAAAUGAUAAAAUGUUUAACACAAAUACAAUCUUGCUAAAUGAAAACACCGGACGUUAAAGGUAAAUUAACUGAGCUGAUUCUUUAAUAAAGUCAAUCUUCCGACAUCCCAACUCGAUGUAAAGGCAAUUUAUCACCAAGCUAAAUAUGAGUUUUGGGCAGACAUUACACAAUUAAACUAAUAUAGACGAGCAAACGGCAGUAAUUUUCGGGAAAAACACACUCGAAAAACGAACAUGAAAAAGACUGAAAUUAUAAAUACAUCAUACCUUAACUUAAGCUUGUUUUCUUGAGAAAAACAAACAUGAAAAAGAUUGAAAUUAUAAAUACAUCAUACCUUAACUUAAGCUUGUUUUCUUGAGAAAAACGAACAUGAAAAAGAUUGAAAUUAUAAAUACAUCAUACCUUAACUUAAGCUUGUUUUCUUGAGAAAAACAAACAUGAAAAAGAUUGAAAUUAUAAAUACAUCAUACCUUAACUUAAGCUUGUUUUCUUGAGAAAAACGAACAUGAAAGACUAAAAUUAUAAAUACAUCAUACCUUAACUUAAGCUUGUUUUCUUUGGGAAAAACGAAAAUGAAAAAGAUUGAAAUUAUAAAUACAUCAUACCUUAACUUAAGCUUGUUUUCUUGAGAAAAACGAACAUGAAAAAGAUUGAAAUUAUAAAUAAAUCAUACUUUAACAUAAGCUUGUUUUCUUGAAAAAACGAACAUGAAAAAGAUUGAAAUUAGAAAUACAUCAUACCUGAACUUGAGCUUGUUUCCUUGAGAAAAACGAACAUGAAAAAUAUUGAAAUUAUAAACUUAAGCUUGUUUUCUUGAGAAAAACGAACAUGAAAGACUAAAAUUAUAAAUACAUCAUACCUGAACUUGGGCUUGUUUUCUUGAGAAAAACGAACAUGAAAAAGAUUGAAAUUAUUAAUACAUCAUACCUUAAUUUAAGCUUGUUUUCUUGAGUCAACCUUGCUUGUUAGCUCAUUUUCCCGUGCCUCUGCUAGCAGGCAAUUUUUAAGAUAAGUGAAAACAAAAUAUCAAUGAACCACUUACAUGCAGGACUAUUUCCUUGUUCAUUUAAACGCACCGGACGUAAUAAAUGGGACUUUAAGCCUUUGCCACUUUAAUCUAAAGACAAAUUCUCGAUAGCAUUUGCUAAAACUACACUUCUAGAAGAAUGAAUUGAUUUAUCACAAAUCGGAUUAAGAUUGACGGUUCCUGAUCAUUUCACGGGAAUCGCUAAUAAAAUAAAAAGCGUGUAUUAAUACACUUUUUAACUCCAACAUAAUACAAAUUCAGUAUAUAAAAAAUAACUGUUAUUUUGUUCCUCAUAUUUACGAUUUAAAGCUUGUUUGUUUUGACUUUUUACGGUUUACCACAUUGAGACCCACUCACUUUGUUAAAAAGUCUGCGCUGUUGAUCAUCCAUUUGGGGUGUCUGUGGAGUGACAACAGGCGAUAGAACUGGGCAUGAGAAAGAGUGAUACAUGCGCCGCCCCAGAAAGUGUUCUGAACUGUUUACGAAAAAAAAAAAUCGAACAUUGUUUUUCUUCAAACAAAGUGACUUUUCAUUUUUUCUUACUCAAAAGUGGGUUUGGAUAUCCGUAAUUCAACUAUAUACAAUAGUAUACCUCCUAGGAGAUGUAUAUUGCAUUUUAUCCCGAGUUUCUCAACCAAUCAAAUCGCUUGUUCUUGCGAGGUUCACGAGUUUUAUAUGCUAAUUGCUCGAGCGAACGCAGUUGUCGGAGUUUGCAACCUUGUCUAUUUUAUAUACAGAAGGCGACGGGAAAAAUUCGCAGCGGCUAAAACAGCUUAAAAUGGCAAAUGAUGGCGGGUUUGAGUAGUAGCAACUUCAAGCUACUGUUUUAUUUUCAAAUCAGCAUAUUUGUUUCAACGAGAUUUGUUCGCUCAUACAAACUCUGUAAUAAACCUACACUCAACGUGAGCCUGGGCUACCUGUGGAGAAAGCACUCGCAAACGCGCCAUUUUGGAGCUAGCUCUCCACAGAGACCCAAAAAGUAUUUCUAACUCACAGCCAAAAGCACCAUUUACGUCCAGAACUUUUUAUGUUCAGGAGAAAAAUAAUAAUAAAGCACAAUGUUGACAGGAUAUCACUUUUUGAAGACUUUUGUUUGCGUCUUGCAGUCUUGCACGACACGAAAGAAGCCAUCAAAAGCGCAUGCCUUUUGUAAACAAUCAUUUCAAAUAGGUUUUAAAACUGCCACAAUAAUAUCGAUUAGAUACUUAACUAUUAGAUUAAGCUAUAGAACUGAUUCUAAACCACUUUCAACUUCCAUUUGUUUUUAGAUUCAGUUCUGAUAUCCUGUCGGUCCAUGAUUUCUUCGUAAAUAAGUAAAGUAUGACAAAACAAAUCUCAAGCUUAGCCGAUCAUCAGUGUAAGUUAGCUACAAACAUUUCACAAAAAAUAGUAUGGAACUCACCACCAAAAACAUUACCAAAAAUCAAGACCGGGCCGACGAAGCAAGGAUUCGUGCUUUUCAAUGCCCAUACAAACGUGUUGGUAAAAAACUUUGAUUGCAUUUGGCUUGAAUGUGGACGUGCGAACUCCCAUGAAUUUCCUGCCAAACACUAUAAACACAGGGCCCCCAAUAAGGCAGAGAAAAGUGAAGGAAAUAUUUUGAGUGUAGUUUUUUUUAUAGCGUAGCUGUUUUUCUGCUUUGGUUUCUCUGUUUCUUUUGUCGUUUAAAAGACAAUUACCAAAGUAGUAUCUCAGUUAGAAGAUGUAACAUGUAGAACUCUCCUUCUUUCAGCUAUUCUAUUGUGUCUUCUCCCCCAUAUAGACGAGCCAAUAGAACCUAUAGUGUCUAAAAUAGUGUAUAAAAUAGCAAAGGAAUUACUUUACCGGCUGGUCACGUAUGGAGGCUAAGAUCACGCUAUGAACACGUGCAGCCUCGAUUUCAAACUUCACAUCACAUCACGGACAUCGACAAUGACAAUAGUAUUCGGCCCUUAGGCACCGAGACUAAAAAUGAUGCAAAUCCCUAUGAAUUUGGAUGAAUUCCACUCGUUUCGGAUGAUUCUAAUUAUAUCCCGGUCACUUCUAGUCCAGUUUCUAUCCAACUGUCCGUAUUUUUUUAGAUGUCGUGCAGUUAGGUUUUGGUGUAGCUAGUUACAUAUAAUUAUUUAAGAAGUCAUUCUGCGGUCAAACUAGGAACACAUAGCAUCAAUCUUUGCAAAUAGUACUGAAUGAUUUUGAGAAGGUAUCUGAAUUGAAGUAAAGACCAUGAGUCUUUGCUUCUAUUAGGAUUGCCUUUUAAAUGUUUUGCACAAGUAAUGACUCAAAUACAAGUAAUGAUUCAAAUAGAAAUUUAGCUAAAUCCGCUAAAUAGCGCAAAAAUCGAUAUAAAUUGGCGUAUAAAUUGGCUGGCGUAUUUCCAGCCGUAUUCUAUACAGAAAAUAGAUAAUUUCGUCUUUUUUUUUUGUUAUUUAAAAAUUAACACCCCCCUUACCAUUAGGAACUGAUUAGGAACUAAGUAGAUAACGCCUGCGAGGGAGGCUAACUCGAACGCGGUAUACGUUGUUCCUUCCAUGAACCUAUUUUCCAAAGCAAUAGGUUCGACUGAAUGAGGUACAUGUUCGGUUCAACGUAUGUCUUAAGCCUUAUUUUCCUCGGGGUGAAGGGAUAUUCAAUUUUUUUAAUAUCUAAGAUUUCACGGAAAGAGCUUUUUGUCCAUUGUUUUGGAAUCACAGAGUAACAUUUCACUUUUAAAGACUCUUUAAAAGUGAAAUGUUGAACAUGUUGCGUCGUGUCAGAUUGCAAACUGGACGAAAUAAAGCUGACGGACUAGAUCUGAAAUUAAGGGAUACUAUCAUGAUAUCCUUAUCACUCUCAAAUAUUGUUUUAUAUUGUUAUUUAACAUGCUGAACAGAGCCGUAUAAGAACCAUAAAGAUAAAGAACAAAAUAAGAGGGAGAGAAGAAAAUACUUUUCACAAAUUGGUACAUUGAAGUUCAAUACCACAAGGGCUUAUAUGUUGUGUUCAGCAUUGAUUAUUAUUGUUAUAGUGACUAUUAAGAAUUAAGACAACCUAGUUUUUUAAAAGGUACCUUGAUUCAUAAGAACCUAUUCAGCCUGAUCUUGAAAAUUCUAGGUUCUUAGAUGAGGUUGCGGUAACUGUUACUCGAGCGUUACCACCACUUUAUUUGAUAUUUUCACCCUCGAUAAACAAGCUCUCGAUAACUGUUUUCGAUCACCUUUUGUAGGUUCGAGUCAACUGUGGAGCAGAGGGCGAGACAAUGUCAAAGUAUUACAUCAGGGACCUUGAGCAACAACGACGGAAACGUGGACGACGGGACAGCAGAAAACAAUGGAAUUUGGUUCAGAAUUGAAUCAGCACGUGAAAAUGAGAAAAUGCGUUCGUGUCUGAUACAUUUUUCAUACGUUUUCCACCAAACUAAGACGUGAAAAUUCCCAAUUUGUUAAUUGAAGACGCGGACGUUGGACUAUAAACUCCUCUAACUACGUUCGCUACAGUGGAAAUGAUGUCCUUGGUAUAUUUUUAUGUCUAUGACUAUAUUGUUUUGCUAAUUUUAUUGCACUUAAAUUGGAAUUGAUGGUCAAACGCGAACGCAUGUCUUUUGAUCUCGUUGUCCUAGCCGUCGCCCUUGCUUAAGGUCCCUAUUUAAAGCGGCUAAAAACAAUUCAGCAAAUAAAAACUAUAAACAGAUUUCCUCGAAGGCCUUAUCUCUACAAAACCCCAUCGUUUUGUACAGGUCUCCGACUUUUUCCCCUUUUUUGCGUUUAAGUGAUAUAACGUAUUAGCCGUGUUAAACAUAUAAGUAUUCUCCCAACAAAAUAACAGCCAUUGAAUACGAAAUUUUGAACUUAUUUUCAAAAGAUCUCCUUUUUAUCGUGAGCGAAAUUACAGAUAAACAUCGCACCUCAAGGCAUCCUAAGCGAGGCUGCUAUUAAAAUCCGUUUAACAUAAACGUAAAAAAGGGUAGUACUUACACACUGGAAACACCGGCAAUUCGUUACAAGCAGAAAGCUUCCACGGUUUCCAAAAAUAAGCAGACUUUUACCGGGCAAGUGGCCAUCUGUACAAUUUUUAUAUUUCAUCGGUAGCGGUUACAAUCAAGACAUCUUAACUAAGUAUAGAGUUACCCCACUUAGAGUAGGAAGGUUUGACUCAUUAACGAGAUUUUCCCCGAAGCCAAUCUUCAUUUUAACCUUAUUUAGGAAAAGCGUAUUACUUUUCUAUUUUAUCGUUUAUUGGCAAAAUUGCACACCUGGCCAAGGGAAGAAAAAUUAUGCGAGAUCGAAUUUUCAUUUGUAAUUUGAUAAUCUCUUGUUGUAGCGAUUGCCUCGGGAUAACAGACUUAUUCUCUAGAUAUGAAAUUAAACCAUUAUACUAAUUUCAAAAACACAACAGGGCUUCGAAACAGAAUUGAACAGGCGUUGAAAUAUGUCAUUUUCUGGCGUUGAAAUGUGUCAUUUUCUGGCGUUGAAAUGUGUCUAUUGCACAAGUACUGCACGCUCUCUAUCGACAUAUUAUGUUUAUUGGUGUGUUUUGUUACUACCUCAGGGGGGUAGGGAUGUAACCCCAGGGGGGAGGGAUGUGACCCCAGGAGGGAGGGAUGUAACCCCAGGGGGGAGGUAUGUAACCCCAGGGGGGAGGGAUGUGACCCCCAUGAGGGGGGUGAUCGUAAGCAAAAUGGAUUUUUACCCUGAGCACCUUUGGUGGAUCAACAUAAAUUCUUAUCCCACAGAGAUAGAAAAUUGGGUGUGGUUUAAGGACAUUUUGUACUCUAAGAGAUAGCAGAAUCGAAAAAGACCCCCUAAGAGAUGGCAGUUGGUCGAAUUUUAUACUGUGACGGAUGGCAAAAUUGGAAAAAAAAAACAUUUUAACACCCCUAAGGAAUAGCAGUUGGUCGAAUUCUAUAAAUAUCUUUCAACAACCCUUAUAGUUCAACAGAUAUGUGCAGAUUUUACCUUGAAUUGCGCACUUUUUGCUAAAGAUAUCAAUUUUAGCAUAGUGAUAGUUUUUGAUACCUCUUACAAGAUAGGCUAUAGAGCCAAGCUCAGUUCGGCUUUAAUUUCUGAUUAAUAAUGAAUAUUGAUUUGGCUGCCAUUUUGAACCGGAAGUAAACUAACUUUUUUCCAAAAAAAUAAAUAAACUCGCACAUUUUAAGAAAGUUUACUCAUAGACAAAUAAAAUAUAAGUCAGAGAAUGCAUCUAAACAAAAGAGUUCUUAAAGUAACAAGAUUUUUUUCAUUUUUGUAACUUUUACAGGGACAGCGAUUUUGAACCGGAAGUAGUCAAGAGUAAAUACUGGCACGCUUGUUUCACUUUGCGCCUUUUAACAAAAAUAUUUAAAAAAAACUUGUUUCAGGAGUAGUUUAGGGUCAUCUUUUCAAGAUAAGCUAUGGAGCCAAAAGAAAAUCCCAUUUAAACACGGAUUAUCUCGGGAUAUUAAAAUGGCCGAUAAUUUAAUCCGAAAGUGAAAAGUCACGCGUCGAUACUCACAAUUUUCGAAAGUCGUCAAAUGAUUUAAAAGACACAUAUAACCAGCCCAAGUAUACCAAACAUUCAUGCUCAAUAGCUGGAUCAAGAGAAAAGAAAGGAGACAAAAGCAAUUGCUUAUGUGACAAGCCUGGUGGGGAUACCAAGUACCCCGGGAGCGGGCCGCUCCACCAAUUGACUUCAACGUCUGUAAACGACCGCACACAUGAAUGUGCUACAAGAUGAACAGUUUCUAACAGUAGGAACUGUUAAUCUGGUGGCCUCGGGUGUGCGCUUAUCACUCUUCUUGCCUUUCUUCCUUUUUCUACAGAAGAGUCAAAGGAGUAUCUCGCCAAUUAGAAUUUCAUGCAUUUACAGGUGAUACUGUAUCCUGUUGUGCGGGUAGGGGGAUAAGACAGUACUUGCUGUAUUCCCCGAAGCCACAGAUGGUCUUCGACAGCUAGCCUUCAGGCCAGUUAAGAUAAAAGACAGAAUGUUUGGCAACACUUGAGCGCUUUCCACUGCUUCUAUACGACCGAACAAGUACAGAGAGUCGAAGAAAGGAACAGCAUUUAAUGUCAUUCUACCGACGAAGGCAGCUAUCAUACAACACACCAAGAAAGCUGCCUUUCAAGCAGGCCAUUGUUGGGGGCAAGCACUCCUCCCUGUCUCAAUGCCUCCGUCUUUUUAGCACAAUGGACAACAGUAUGCCAUAGCCGCUUUGGACAAACGCUACUAGAGCUUUCCAAGGCGUGUAAAGAAAGCCAAAGAACUAUUAGAUGAGGAACCAAGAACUAUUAGAUGCAAGAUAGGCUGCCCAGCACGCUGCACUUGCACCCAAGCCAGCAUGAAAUGUUCAGCCCUUUGCAGCUCCAUUGAAUCGUUUAAUGAUAAAGCUGUAAGAUAUCUGAACUGCAAUAAAUUAAAAAAACAAUUCUCAUCGGAGUUUGUUAUUACGUUAGGCCGACGUAUUAUGAACCACACUCUUUUUGUUUUAUAAGAAUCUAUUUUUACUUACGUCCAGCCUGACUAAGAUUUCACUAAUUUUUAACAAAAUGCCGAGGCUCACAUAGAAAGAAAACAUUUUCGUUAUAUCAAAUUGGUGCAUUUAUCAUUUGUGCAAUUCUAUUUUUUUUUAACGCUUCAUUGCUUAUUUGUAUAUGCAUUAAUCUGGUUUGAUUAGAGUGUGCAGAAACAGGUUUGGGAACCUACUUCCGGUUUAAAAAAGAAACCUAAUCAGUUUUGCCUUUUUUUAUUUUUACAAGUAUUAAAUGGAUUUCAUGAAUAUUUUAGUCGUAGACUUUUAAACAAGAUGUGCACCUCUGUGCUUUCAAAAAUGCCAAAUUUAAUCUCCAGUGCAAAAUUGCUGCAAUUAUAAUAAACCAUAUUAAUCGGCGAUACAAGCCGAUUUUAUCUUGGCACCAUAGCUUAUCUUAUGAAGGUUAUUUCAACCUACAACUGCAAUAAAAUUGGUGUCUUUUGCUAGAGGGCGCGGGAUGAAAUAAACGUCCGAGGUUUUACUUUCGACUACUUCCGGUUAAAGGUGGCUAUCACCUUUAAAGUCCCAAAAAAUGACAAAUUUACGGUUAUUUUCAAAAAUAUUGGGUUUAAAUACAUUCAUUGACUUUUAUAUUAGUUGUCUAGAGAAAAACAGUAUCAAAAUGUGCAAGUUUAUUUAUUUUUUAUAAAAAGGUAGUUUACUUCCGGUUCAAAAUGGCGGCCAAAUCAAUUCUCCUUAUUAAUUAGAAAUUAAAACCUGAGCUUGGCUCUAUAACCUAUCUUGAAAAGGGUAUUAAAAACUAUCACUGGGCUAAAAUUGGUAACUUUAGCAAAAAGUGCGCAAUUCAAACACAUAUCCGCCGGACUAUUAAGGGGUAUCAGUUGGUCAAAACUUUAUACCCUAAAAGAGGUGAAGAUCACCCCCUCUACUUUUUGGAGAGUCCCCUCCCCGGGGGAAAGGAGUUCUAAGACCUCUAAAUCGGCAAAAAAAGUAUUUGAAUACUAUAAGGUUUUAGACCAUUUUGAGUAAUUAAUGUCUUAGCAAGCCUAUCCCCUUAGGAAAUCAUGUGUUGUAUUUUUCGCAUAGCCAAGAAUGCCUUUUGUUGGCUGGACAUUUGCUUGUUAAGCUCGAAGUAUCGGAUUAAAGAGCUGUGAUUGGUCUGCGGGUAAUUUGUAAAAUGUACUUAACUUUUUGGACAGUUUGCCCCUACUGUGGUAUAUUCAUGUUUCCUUGAUGUCUAACGGCCACGCCCCUAUUGUGGCAUUUUCAUGUUCCUCUUGGUGUCUAAUGGCCACGCCUCUUCUGCAGCAUAUUCAUUUGUCUUUGCUAUCUAACAGUCUGUGUAAAUCAGUCAAAUACUGUGCCUCUCUGUCUUUGGUGAAAACUAGUUGAGGUGUAUGAAAAAGAGAGUGGUACGAUGGUAGAGAUUGCCUGAAAUAAAUAAAUAUUGACAAUUAAUGUAUCGCCUAUGAUUGGGGGCCAGAACAUAACUUAAUUGAUAUGUCCCCUCAAAUGAGAGAAAAAAAAUGAAAAAAGAGCAAAAUGGCAAAUAAAAUCCUGGCCAUGUAAGGCUGCAAAUCUAGUCACUGAUAUUGAUAUUGAUGUCAAUGUUUUGUAUUCAUUAGUGAGAAGGGACACAAGGAAACAUUAAUCUUUAAUCUUUACAAAUUUUAGAAAUGUGUGGCAUUUAUAAUGUCUUACAUCUCUCCCCUUCAACAACAGAAGCUGAAAUCUAAAGCCUCAUGGAAACAGCAUCGACUUCAGCCAGUAUUGCUUAUCUCAAGACAAAGAAAAUUUGCCAUAGAGUAUUGUAUAUGCCUCAUUCUUUGUGUGUUUGUGUGUAGUGUGAUGUGUACAUGUAUCCGUAAAUUCAUGGGUACUUGAAAUGUAAAAGAAAAGAAAAUGUAAAAGAAAAGAAAAAUAAUAAGAAAGACAAAGCAAACAAAAAAAAUCAGAUGUAACAAGUAUAAUGUUAAAAAAAUGAAAAAAAGAAUAAUGUAAAAAAAACUUGUACAUGGAACAAUAAAUGUGUAAAAAAAACUUGUACACGGAACAAUAAAUGUGUAAAAAAAUACCAUAGACUAUUGUACCAUAGUUAAUAGAGAGAAUGGUUACAAAACCUGCCGAACGUCUAAGGCUGAAGUCCUUGUCUGUUUUUUGUUUGUUUUUUUGUUUUUUUCACAUUGUUGUGUAGGUGCAGAAGUCAAGGGUACAGUACAAGAGAAUAGGUUAUAUGGAGUAAACGAAGAAUAUAUGGAGUAAAUGAAGAAUAUUGUUGCUUUCUGCAUAAAUACCACCGCUUUUCGAUCGUUUCAAAAUUCACAGCAUUGAUGCAAAUUCGAACCAAUACUAUCAUGCUUGCUUUGUAAGCCCACAGAGAUUGUUCAAUAGAGCUCUGCUCUCUAGAGAGUUUAGUCCCCACUUGUCAGAUCUCAGGGUAUAAUGGCAAUAGAACAUGCAAAGUGAGAAAGACAAAGAUUUAAAAAAGUGAAUAAAAUAGCUUUGAUUCAAAUAAAUCAAUAAUGGAUUUGUUCCUGAAUAUGUAGUAUUCAUCAAUCUCAUAAAUCACAUUACAGGAUUGUUUAACAUCAGAAGGCACCAAUUGUUCAUGUCCUUUAAGAUUCAUAACCAUUGUCCGGAAGUAGAAAACCCGCAAGAUUGCGUUACUUUAUAAUACUGUAUUACGUUACAUAUUUAGUUUUGUUAUGUGAUCAUGUUGUAAUUCGAGAUAGGUAAAAAAGGGGGUUGUGCCUCUAGAGUUGAGAUGCGAGUGUACUAUUACUACGGAGAGUUUGUGAUCAAGAAAUAAAGUAAAGAGAAUAUAA